GAUUUCUAUGUUUAUCGAUGGUCCGCGUCUUUCUCUCGCGAGUUUGCGAGACAAACCAAUCGUGUAAUUUUUGGAUCUUUUGAUCCGUUUUCAUGGCUGGCAUAUUAUACGAUUGAAUGUGUUUAUUAAUCAAACAUGAGUGAUUAUCCUUCUAUGGCUACGCUUCAAAAUAAUAGCCAGACGGCAGGAUAUGCGAAUGCUCUACAACGUGCGAGAUUGGUUGCUGCAAAACUUGUAGGUGGUAGUAAGAGACCUUUGGAAGAGGGAUCAGAACCGAGUCCGAAGAAAUCGGCGUCAGUGGAAAGUAGUUAUCAACAACAAACAAUGAGUGCAACAGCAGCGGCGACAGCGGCGGCGGCGGCGGCUGCGGCGCGGAUUUCUGCGUCUUGUGCCCCCGGUGGGCCCCCAGCGGCUCCGCCCAGUGCCCCUCCUAGCUUCUUACCGGAACAGACUAUUGAUGAACGUAUUAGAGUGCCUGACAAAAUGGUUGGACUUAUUAUUGGCCGCGGCGGCGAACAGAUUACACGGCUGCAGGCAGAGUCUGGAUGCAAGAUCCAAAUGGCUCCUGAUUCAGGUGGCCAGCCUGAUCGCAUCUGCACAUUAACUGGUUCAAGGGAGGCCAUAAUGAGAGCCAAGGAACUAGUGAAUCAGAUAGUCAACCAUCGGGGGCGGGAAAACGCGCCACAACACCCGGAUAACCCGAUGGGUAACAUGGGCGGCGCCGGCGGCGGCGGCGGCGUUGGCGGUGUCGGAGGAGGCAUGCCGCCCAUGCCCAGGGGUGGCGGCGGACUUGCCACCACGGAGGAAAUAAUGUUACCAGGGCCCAAAGUGGGUUUGAUUAUAGGCAAGAAUGGCAAGACGAUCAAACAGUUGCAAGAGCAAUCGGGCGCCAAAAUGGUUGUCAUACAGGAUGGACCCAACACAGAAUAUGAGAAGCCUCUGCGUAUAUCAGGCGAUCCGUCUAAAGUAGAGCACGCCAAGCAGUUAGUAUAUGAAUUGCUGGCCGAGAAGGACUUGCAGGGUGGCGGUGGUGGCGGCGCUGGAGGACAACGGCCGCAGUACGACGACGUCUACUCACCACAGGAACAAGGCAACGGACUGGCCACUAAUUCUACUGAGGUCUUAGUACCCAAAAUCGCGGUAGGCGUAGUAAUAGGCCGCGGUGGUGACAUGAUCAAAAAGAUCCAGGCAGAGACUGGCUGCAGGGUGCAGUUUCAUCAGGAGAGGGACGACGGUCCUGGAGAUAAAAGGUGUUACCUGCAAGGCAAACCGCACCAAGUGGAGCAGGCCAGACAAAUGAUUGACGACCUGAUUUCAAGUGUCAAUGUAGGUAGACGAGAUCAGGAAGUGAGAUCGAGCGGACGCGGCCGCGGAGGCUCGGGUCAAAGGAAUGGUGACCGCGGGGACUUCCAGCAGUGGCAGGAGAACCCGGAGAUACGAGUCACCUUCACCGUCUCCAACGUCAAGUGCGGCCUGAUCAUCGGCAGGGGUGGUGAAGUGAUAAAGCAGAUGAACGCCCAAACUGGUGCACACUGCGAGGUGGACCGGCGAGCCACCAGCGCCGAUCGUAACACGCGCACGUUCUACAUCCGCGGACAUCCGGACGCGGUCGACGCCUGCAAGCGGCUCAUCAUGGAGAAAGUCGGCAUGCCGGUGAACUUCAUACAAGAUGGCGGCAACAAUGGCGGCGGUGGUAACGGCAACGGUGGCGGUCCCGGCGGGGAGUUCUACGGGGGCGGUGGCGGCGGUGGUGGCGGCGGCCCACCCGCCUGGAGCUACAACCCCCACUGGCACCAACCCAACCCCGCGCAGCAGCCACAGCAACAAAUGCAGAUAAACCCGGCGACUGGGCAGGCGGACUACUCGCAGCAGUGGAUCGACUACUACCGCUCGCUGGGGCUCCUCAAGGAGGCGGAGGCCAUCGAGCAGCAGGCCAAGCAGCAGCAAGGUGGCGGCGGCGGAGGCGGCGGGCCGGCGAGCGCGGCCCCGGGCGCGGGCGCGGGGCCGGGCCCGGGCGCGGGCGGGCCGGGCGGGCCGGGCGCGGCGGGCGCGGCGGGCGCGGCGGGCGGCGCGGGCCCGGCCGGGGGCUCGCCCGCCGGCGCCGACUACAGCGCGCAGUGGGCCGAGUACUACCGCAACAUCGGCAAGGUCAAGGAGGCGGAGGCCAUCGAGGCGCAGAUCAAGCUCAAGCAACAAGCGCAAGGGUCCGGUGGUAUGCAGCAGCCGCCACAGCCGCCGCAGCAGGCCACGCCCAGCCCGGCCGCCCCCGGAGGCAGCUCGCCCAUGGUGGGCGGCCAGUACCCGCAGUACCCCGUGUACCCGGGCGGAGUGUACCCCGGGUACGCGCCCUACCCAGGGUACGCGCCUUCCGGACCGGACCACCAGCAGUGAACAGCGCUGACUGCCGAGUAUCAAGAAAACAAGAGGAUGUAGCCUGUAAAUGUUAUUUUAAGCAAAAUUUUUACUAAAACACACGUCACGAUCGCCCUUCGAUCACCCACAAUAAAUAAUAUACACUACUAUUAUAAAAUAGUCAAUCGUUCAAAGAUAAAAAAAUAAAUUAGGUCACUAUAUUACGCAAUCAAUUUUGAUUAUAUAUUCCAAAGUACAGUCUGUACAAUAAUGGUUAUAGUUAUAGCUCCUUGUAUUCUUAAAAUUGUUAUAGAAAAAUUGUCAAUUCAAUAAGCAUUGUAUGUCAACUUAAUAUAAGCUUUUAUUCCUACAUUGACGUUUCUCUAUCGCAAUAUAAUACGACAUAAUGUAAAAGACAUUAAUUAGAUAUAUCGUAACAUAAUGUUUUUAAUUUUAUUCAUAAGUUAUAUAAAUACGAAUAGGUCUCUCUUCUCUUUGCACUAAUUCGUUUUUAGAACGGUUAACUUCAUUGUGCGGGCAUUACAUACGCCGUCGACUUUUAUUUUAUGCCGCAUUAUAAUUUUGUCAGCAUUUAGGUUAACUAGACACGCUGGCAGUCGCUAAAGAAACGCCAAUAGCCAAUCAAACGAUUUCGCGCUCUACUUGCAUUGAAAUCCGUUACAUAUCAAUUUAUUUCUUGUGGGUUACAAUGUUUUAUUUGUAAAUUGUAUCAAUACAUGAGAUUAUACUAAAUUUAACAAAUCACGGCUGUGUGGUCAAUAUAUACAUAUAUAUAAUUUCGACUGUGUAAUUACCUAUGUUCGUAUUUCCAUGUACCUAUUGAACUGUCGUUAAUUAUUUUGUGCCAAUUGACAAUCUGUCCAGGUUUGUAAUGUACCACACUGCUUUUAAAUAAGAAUCGGACGAAGGAGCGUUAGAGCGCCAUGGUGCGAUCGCAUUGAGAUACUUCGUCGCCGCGGAGUCGAGGUAACGCACCACUGAGUGACUAGUAUAUAGAAUUGUAAUUUUUAUUGUGUGUAACAUGAUAAUCUCUUACUUGUCGACCGCUGUUUUGGCUUUACCCCUCCCCGCGAGGUGCGAGGCGUAAAGCUGAAACACUAUCAUGAUAUGAAAAUAUAUAGGUGUGUAAGAUAGGCAUUACUAUUAGUACGUUCGGUCUUGCUAUUCUUCCAGACCAUUAGGUUGUAAACAUAUAUGCUACACGAUUUAGAAUAUGUAUUUUUUUUUCUAAGUUAUAGCUUCGGUAAUUAUCCCAUAGGGACAGUGUAUAGCAGAAGUAAAAAGGUAAUGUAAUAUUAUUCUACAUUCCCCGACAUUGUUCAGUAUAAUAAAAUUAUAACGCGAUCCAUUGGCACACGACGGAUGUCCCUCAACUUUUGUAUUAAUAUUUAAGAGAUAAAGUGUAUGUUAUUGA